AUUUGUCCUAGAAUACCAUGAAAGUGAGUAAAAAUAAUUAGACGGGCGAGUAAUGAUUUUCAAACCAUAGGGUAUACCUGUCUAUUCAUCAAGCAAACCAAUCCCAAACCGCACAAAAACUGAAUCCAACGGCCACGCUUCUCCGUACGAGAGAGACCCUUUUAGCCCACCAAAAAUUUCUAGCCACGCGCUUCACCUCGCCAACCAUCACGCCCGCGAUCGUCAUUCUUUCUAAAGAAAAGCGAAAGUAAACGAAAGCGAAUGUAAGAGAGGAGAGAAAGAAGCUUAUGUUAACGGAGUUUUAGUUAGUUAGAUUUGUGUUGCUUGAUAGAUCUGGUUGGUGGGAAACAGAUUGCAGGUUUUAUGAACACUUUGCUAUCAUAACUGAAGGUGCCUGAACUGAAUAUUCAUACACUUUGGGCACACACACUGCAUAAUGGCAGAUGGACUAUCAAGCUUCUGGGGUCCUGUCACUUCAACUGACUGGUGUGAAAAAAAUUAUGUCUACUCUUCUUAUGUGGCAGAGCUUUUCAAUACUAUUUCAAAUGUACCUGGCAUUCUUUUGGCACUUAUUGGCCUUAUAAAUGCCUUGAGACAGCGAUUUGAAAAGAGGUUUAGUGUUCUUCACAUAUCUAAUUUGAUACUUGCCAUUGGCAGCAUGCUAUAUCAUGCCACUCUGCAACAUGUGCAACGGCAAGGUGAUGAAACACCAAUGGUGUGGGAAAUUCUCCUAUAUAUCUAUAUUCUCUACUCACCCGAUUGGCACUACAGGAGUACAAUGCCCACCUUCUUGUUUCUUUACGGUGCUGCAUUUGCUAUUAUACAUGCGCUGUUUCGUUUUGGAAUUGGCUUCAAGGUACAUUACAUCAUACUGUGUCUUCUUUGCAUCCCUCGGAUGUACAAGUACUACAUCCACACUGCAGAUGUAUCUGCAAAGCGUCUUGCGAAGCUAUAUGUAGGCACCAUAAUCCUAGGAAGUCUUUGCUGGCUAUUUGAUUGCCUGUUCUGUGAGAAGGUGUCUACUUGGUACUUGAAUCCCCAAGGUCAUGCAUUGUGGCAUAUUAUCAUGAGUUUCAACUCAUAUUUCGCAAACACAUUCCUGAUGUUUUGCCGUGCCCAACAGCGGGGAUGGAAUCCAAAAGUUGUUCACUUAAUGGGAUGUUUCCCGUAUGUGAAGAUUGAAAAACCAAAAACCCAGUGAAGAAUUGCUGAACAAGAAAAUUAUACUCUCCUCUUGCUCACAUUUUGUUGGUAGGUGUAUGGUUUCGGUAAGUCAAGCAAUAGCAAUUUUAUAAUUCUUUUUCCCUUAUUUCCUAAAAUAGAUGUAAAUGAUAAUUGGAUGUGAUAUGACCUGUUGAGAUAUUAGUUGAUUUUAACUGUAAGAAAAGUGUCAUCUUUUUUCUCAUUUUCCAAAAGAGGAAGCAGAAAUAUUUGGUAGCACA